AUGAUUGACAUCUCUAUUGCCUCGUCCCCGUGUGACAUCGGCGUCGUCCCCAGUUUACUUGAUGAUAUCUCAGCCCUCGGCAAGAAUCUGUCGGGUGACGACCGCGACAGUCGCCUCGCAUUGUUGGAGAAGGCAAGAUCUCUCGUGCGUGCUCUAGAGACUCCUCGAGAAACCAUGCUGAAGCAUUGCGGUGCACAAACUGCUUCCUUUUUUUGCCUUGCACUAGGAAACGACGUUGGGCUCUUCAAGCAGAUGGCCGCUGGGGGAGGAAGCCCAAAUAAGGUUGAGAGCCUAGCCAAGGCACUGGGAUUUGAGGUCGAUCUCUUGCGGCGUAUCCUGAGGCAUCUUGCAGCCAUGGGAUACAUUUGCCAAACGGGCCCUGAUGAGUACAAGCCCACUAAUUUUACCAAGGCUAUGGCUCUACCUGUCGUCGCAGACGGGUACCCUUUGUACGCCUACGCCAAAAUUGAACCUAUGGCAUACUUUCACAAGUGGCUCAGGAUGAACGGGUACCGGUCUCCAAAAGAGCUUUCAAAUAACCCUCAGACCUUUGGUCACCGAACGGAAAUGCCCUUCUUCGACUGGCUGCAGGCAAAUCCCCCUUAUGCAACACAAUUCAACAACCACAUGGGUGGCUACCGCCUCGGUCGACCCAGCUGGAUGGAUCCAGAAGUCUACCCAGUACAAGACAACCUCAUCUCCGAUUUCGACCAUGAGGGUGACAACGGGAAACCCGUGAUGCUUGUCGACAUCGGAGGCAGCUAUGGCCAUGACCUGGCUGAGUUUCGUUGCAAGUACCCCAAUGCCCCAGGUCGCCUCAUUCUGCAAGACCUGCCGCGCGUCCUCGACAAGAUCACUAAUUUGGAGGGGGAUAUCGAGCGUAUGCCACACGAUUUCCUAACCCCGCAGCCAAUCAAGGGGGCCCGGGCAUACUACAUGCACCAAAUUUUGCAUGACUACCCAGAUGACAAAUGCGUUGAGAUUGUCAAACAGGUCAAGGAGGCCAUGAUACCGGGUUACAGCAAGUUGCUCCUGAACGAACACGUCAUCCCCGCCAUGGGAGCGAACUGGGAGGCGACGUACCUGGAUGUGUACAUGAUGGUGCUGUUUAGUGCGCGGGAGCGAACGGAAGAUGACUGGCGGGAGCUUCUUGAGAAGCGCUGUGGCCUGAAGAUCUGCAAAUUUUGGGACCCAGGAAACGGCGUGGAGGCAAUCAUUGAGUGUAAACUUGCUCAGUAG